AAUUCGAAAAAUUCUAGGGCUGUAAAGCUGGGGGAAAGUUAUUGUUAGCUGCUCCCUAAUCGUAAGAAUUAAAGGGAAAGGCUGGUAAAGAAGAUAAACUCACCGGCAAAUUCAAACUCACGGGAUCGACCUCGGGCUCCGGCGAAUAAGGAGAACAUUUGGGAAAAAUAAGAUGGCUGAGUGACGCGUGUAAUAUUUUCCCAGGAUCCUGCGGCUGAUAUUGAGUCCAACAAAUCACGCGACUGGUAUAAGUCCCACAUCGACUAGAAAAGAAAAAAUAACAAAGAGAUUAGGCUAUAUCCCUGAAUCAGAGAUCUUAGGGUUUCGAAAUUUCCUGCCAUGGGUAAGACUAAGGUGAAGGGUUCGGUUUCAUUGAGACGCCCAUUCGUUACUUGUCUGGACCGCACAUAUGAGGUAGUAGAUGAUCCUUCAACAGAUUCAAUCAUCUCGUGGAGCCAAAGCGGCAAGAGUUUCAUCGUUUGGAAUCCAUCGGAGUUUUCCAAAGAUCUCCUUCACAGAUGCUUCGGACACCAUCAUUUCCCAUUAUUCACCCGGACGCUUAAUGAUUAUGGCAUUAAGAAAGUUGAUUCUGAGCUAUGGGAAUUUGCAGACGAUGACUUUGUGAAAGGGAGACCUGAGCUUAUUCGGAAUAUAAAUAACCGAGGAGAUUCAGACUCAGAUUCAGAAUCAAGAGUCAGUACAAGGAACACAAUCCUGAAGAAGAAGAAGAAUAAUGCAGAAUCUAGAGUCAGUACGAGGGUGACAAUCCAGACGAAGAAGAAGAAGAAGAAAACCAACAAGUUGGUUGCAGAGGCAAUUGCAGCUCAAUUCCAAGGUUUGGAAAUUUGAAGAAAAAAUAUCCUAGUAGUAAGUAACCCUCUCGUCUUCUUUGAGUAGUUGAAUAUGCUUAUGAGUGGUUUGGUCUUUCUGUUAUCAAACAUUAGGGAUGCAAUUUGUAGCCUUCUAUCUAUUAAGUUCACAACUGUUUGAUUACGGAUUUGUUGGUUUGCUUACUUCUCUUAUAAAAGCAAGAUUGCCUUCUUCUCA